GCCCCCCUGUGACAAUAAGGAACCUCCCAUGGCCUGCUCCUCCCCCUUCACACUCCCUUGGAGGUAUAAGGAGGGAAUUGACAGCCCAGACUCCUAGGCUCCACAGAGGGGAAGGGAGGGGCAGAGGACGGGUUAGAAAGCGGAGCUCUGGGCAGGCAAGGCUUCUUCUCUCUGCCCCUCUACCUGGCACACACGCUGCCCAGCUAUGGGAACCUUCAACCUAUGGACGGAUUACCUGGGUUUGGCACGCCUGGUCGGGGCUCUGCGUGGGGAAGGGGAGCCUGAGGCCAGGCUGGACCCCCAGCCACAGCCAGCUCCAGGACCUGGGGGUCAGAGGCCCAGCCCGGAAUCUUCAGCAGCUCCUGAACGCCUGUGCUCUUUCUGCAAACACAACGGCGAGUCCCGGGCCAUCUACCAGUCCCAUGUGCUCAAGGAUGAGGCCGGCCGGGUGCUGUGUCCCAUCCUUCGUGACUACGUGUGCCCUCAGUGCGGCGCUACGCGUGAGCGUGCCCACACCCGUCGUUUCUGCCCGCUCACUGGCCAGGGCUACACCUCCGUCUACAGCUAUACCACCCGCAACUCAGCUGGCAAGAGGGUAUCCCGGCCUGAUAAGGCGAGGAUGCAGGACUCGGGGCAUCGCAGAGGAGGAGCGGCAGGCGCGGGAGCAGCAGGCGCGGGAGCAGCGGCGGCGGCCUGUGCAGGUUCCAAAGGUGCUGGGAAGUCUUCUGGACCUUCACCCUCUUCCUGCUGUCCCUCCACUUCUGCCUAGGAGACUGGUGCAGGGAGGAUGGAGAUGCUGCCUUCCCCUGGGUGUGGGGACCCAAGCUGGAUGGAAGAUGUAUUUUGGGGAAGGUCCACUUUGCAAGGACCUGCCCCUGGGCCCUUCCCCCAGCCUGGAGGCCUGGCUAAGAGAGCAGGGCCUGGGAGCACAGCUGAAAGAGCCCCCCCCCCCAUGAGGAAGGAGGUGGCCAUCGGUCACCCUGGCCCUCCCUCCCCGGCACUGGCCACCCACUCAGCACUCAAUAAAUACUUAUGAAUGGA